AGCCGGCACAAAACAAAAGUGCUUAUUUAAUUGCAAACAAUGUUUAUGAACUCCAAUCUCUUCGAGCCGGGCAAAUCAAAGUCUGAGCGUACCUUCGUCCAGUCCGCUGUGAAGCAGAACAUACGCUUCGAUGGUCGCAAAUCCAAUGAGUUUCGCGAUGUUAAGCUUACCUUUGGUGCCGAUUGGGGCACAGUCGCAUUAUCCAUGGGCGACACAAAGGUGCUGGCCCAGGUGAGCUGUGACAUUGGAACGCCGAGCAGCGCGCGAGGCAACGAGGGUACGUUGCAUCUCAAUGUCGACAUCAAAGGUGUGGCAUUUCUGGACGAGGUGCAAGCGACACACGAUCAGCGACAAUUAACAUUGAACUCGCUGCUGGAGAGGACAUUUCGCAGUUCCCGCUGCCUGGACCUGGAAUCGCUGUGCAUCGCAACCGAGCAGCAUGUGUGGUGUGUGCGUGUCGACAUCAAUGUGCUCAACCAUGACGGCAAUCUAUAUGAUGCCAGCACAAUUGCAGCGCUGGCGGCUCUGAUGCACUUUCGCCGGCCGGAUGUCUCGUUUAUCGAGGAUGAGAUUCGCACGUAUAGCGAAAGGGAGCGUGAGCUGAUGCCGUUGCUCUUCCUCCAUUAUCCCGUUAGCGUUACUUAUUGCGUGUAUAAGAGCAGCACACAGCCAUUGGUCGAUCCCACGCUGCUGGAGGAAAAUGCAGCGGAUUCGAUAAUCGUUUUGAGCUUCAAUUCGUAUCAGGAGUUGUGCACACUUAACGCCGGCGGCACAGCACCAACAAAUGUGCGCACAAUCAUGCAAUGCGCCCACGGCGCCGCCAGACGCUCCAAGGCACUGGUGCAGUUCAUACGCAAAGCAUUGGAGCUGGAUGCGGAGCGGCGUGAGCAACCGAUGCAAGUGUUUGGCUUAAUGGAUCUCUUGAACGAAACGGCACCAAAGCUCAGUUUUAAGUAUCUGAUGGAGGAGGAGGCGGAGGUUGAUCACACGCCAGACAGAGCGAGAGUAAUCGAACAAAAAAGCGAUGUUGAGCCCAUGCAACUGGAGGAACCUGUUCCUCAGGCACAGAUGCAAACACCCAAGAAAAUAUUAGCGGAGACGACAGAAGACGACAUCGCCUGGCUGCCGCAGGAGCAACCGGUGGACGAGGCAACACCGACAGCCGCCAAGCCAGGCAAAGCGAAGCCAAACCGCGCCAAAAACAAAGGCGGCAAGAAGCAACAGUCGCAGACUACAAAAAAACAAAAUGACAGCGAUUCGGAGGAGGAAGUCACACAAAUCCUUUGAUAAAUACACAUACAUAUAUAGAUGUUUAAGACAGAGUUUGAAAUAGGGGUAACUUUACAGAGUAUAUAAUAAACUAUGUGAAUAAAAGAAGAGUUAAAUGUGUGAAAGUUGAA